AUGAACUGCUCCUUUGCCUCCGAGGAUGUCUUCGGGCCUCAGGCCCCGAAGUGUUAUGGCGGGUACGACUUUACGCUGUUGUUUGAGGAGUCGGUGAUGACGAUUGGCCCGAUCGGGCUUCUCCUCCUGUUUCUAUGCCCGAGGGUGUUCUUUCUCUAUCGAAAGUCGGUACGAGAUGGGAGUAAUGAUGGCGCACUGCUGCGGAAGCAUAUCAGCUAUGGGUGGUUUGCCGCUAUCCAGACUGCUGUCCUAGUAUCAUGGUCUUCAGACAACGAGCCAACCACACGCACAACGAUACCAGCUGCGGUGCUUAGCUUGGUCGUCGCACUUGCGCUCAGUGUCGCAUCGUACCUUGAACAUACGCGCACUAUCCAGCCCCCGCUCCUCAUCGAAAUUUACCUCCUCUUUACCGUCGCCUUUGACGCAGUUAGACUUCGGACAUUGUGGGGGUUGGGAUUCCACGGCAACAUCUUCAGGCUAUUGACUAUAUCCAUCGUGUGGAAGGCAGUGCUGUUAGUGCAGGAGGCCUGGCCACGAACCCUUGAUGCACCCGAACGGUUAUACAGUCCCGAGGAGAAGGCCGGGUGGAUCAACCGACGCAUGUUCUGGUGGGUAAACCCGUUGCUCCUCUUGGGUUCGAAGAAGGAUCUUCAGGCGGACGAUCUAUUCAGCCUGAACCGAAGCCUUCAGUCGCAAACGAGCUCGACAAGCUUUUCGCAAAAGUGGCAGACUGCAAACCCCAAGUUGAAGGAGAAGAAGAACGGGCUCAUGUAUGCCCUUGCAUGGGAGUACCGAUGGGUUCUUCUGACAGCCGUCCUUCCGCGAUUGUUUUAUACGGCCUUCACUUUCACUCAACCAUACAUGAUCGACGCGGUGAUACGGUACAUUGAAAAGGCCUCCGCCCACAAGGCGAACCGGAAUGAUGGGUAUGGUCUACUAGGUGCAUACAUUCUGGACUAUAUUGGUUUGGGGAUUGCCGAGGCGUGCUACCAGCAUAUCACGUAUCGCACGAUAGUACUGAUGCGCGGGUGUCUUGUGCCACUCAUAUACGAGAAGACGCUCUCCCUGGAUCCGAAGACCGCGGAGGAGUUUGCCCCGGUAACUCUGAUGAGCGCGGAUAUCGAGAAGAUCGCAUUCGGGAUGCGAUACAUGCACGAGGCGUGGGGGAAUGUGGUUGAGAUUGCGUUGGCGUUGUGGUUGCUGUAUCAUGAGCUUAACUAUGGAGGGCUGAGUCCGAUUCUCAUUGCAAUAAUCUGUGGAGCGACUGCAGCGACAAUGGCGCCAGCUGUCGGCCGUCGCCAGGCGACAUGGGUGCAGGGCAUACAGAAGCGAAUCGACGUCACGACAUACAUGAUCAACUCGAUGAAAAGUCUCAAGCUGGAGGGUCUGACGCCGUGGUUCAUGGACUUCGUGCAGAAGCUCCGGCUAGAGGAGAUUGGCUACGCGAAUAGAUUCCGAUCAUUCUUGAUUUACGCCGUCAGUUUGUCGUUUGGAACAUCGGUCAUAUCACCUGUGGUCGGGUUCGGCAUAUUUAUUGCGUUGUCGCGAUCGGACAAUGGGGCUGAGUUGACUACAGCAAGGGCAUUUACUACUCUCUCGCUCUUUACGGUCCUCCAAAACCCGAUGUCCAUGCUUCUUCAAGCCGUUCCCAAUCUUAUCUCUGCCGUUGGCUCGCUCGAACGAAUCCGAGUCUUCUUAAUGACUGAGGAUACCAAGGUAGUCGGCUUCCUGAGCUCCUUCACCUCCGAACAAACUCUUUUUCCCGAGAUGGACAACCUUCGCGACGUGGAAAUGAAGGAAGGCGAAAUGCAUGAAGCUGUGGUGGCCCAGAACUGGAGUGUGGGAUGGACCCCGACCCGGGAUCCGGUUAUCAAGCGCAUGACGUUCAAAAUCCGGCCGUCUUCACUCACGAUCAUCACGGGACCCACGGGAUGUGGCAAGUCGACGUUGUUGGCUGGACUUCGGGGCGAGACUCCCGUUACGAAGGGCUACAUGAAGUGCCGGUAUCCGUUCGCUGCUUUUUGCAGUCAGGACCCGUGGUUGCAGAACGGUACUAUCUUGAGCAAUAUCCUUGGCCCGUCGCCGUACGAGCCCCGCUGGUUUCGCGAGGUCACACAGGCCUCUGGUUUGAGGCAGGACCUUAGGUUGAUGCCGCUAGGCGCUCAGACUGUAGUUGGGAGCAAGGGGUUGUCGCUAAGUGGGGGGCAGAAGCAUCGUGUGGCAUUGGCGAGAGCACUCUAUUCCAGGCAACCGUUGCUGUUGCUGGACGAUAUAUUUAGCGGGUUUGAUGCCGACACCGAAAAGCUGGUCAUAGCGCGGUUGUUUGGUGAGGCAGGGUUUUGCAGGAAGCAUAAUCUGACUACUAUCCUUGCAACUCAUUCAGCUCGCCUCGCGUCCUCUGCGGACUACACCAUCACCCUCGAUAGCAAAGUCCACUUCUCCGAGAAGGAGGGUUCCAUAGUAUCGAGCUUACCGGGCCCCAGCACGCACGAUCUCUUAUUCGAGCCCACACUAAAUGAGGCGAGAAUGAGCUGGAUCGUCAGACAAUCCAACCCUGACGUGCCGCACGAACUCGCAGCACAGCUGGAGACCUCCGACGCCAGUCGACGAACCGGAGAUGUGACUAUCUACAAAUACUACCUGAACAUGGUUGGUCCGUUCAACUCGGUAGUUUUCUUUGGUGCCGUGACGGUCUUCACGUUCAGUCUUGCCUUCCCGAGUGUGUGGGUCCAGUGGUGGGCUGCUGCGAACGAGAAGCAUCCGUACCAAGACCUCGGCAGGUGGCUGGGUGUUUAUGCCUUCUUAGCGGUCAUGGCGGAGUUGUCGCUGUUUUUGGGAUGCUGGCAUAUGAUGAGCAACAUGAUACCCCGGGCGUCGAGAAAGCUACAUAAAAUUCUCUUACGCACGGUGCUAAAUGCACCGAUAUCCUUCUUCCACUCCACCGACUCCGGUGUGACCACGAACAAAUUCAGCCAGGACAUGCAGUUGGUGGACAUGGAAUUGCCCCUUGCCCUUGUGGAGACUAGUGUUGCCCUCACAUCCGCAAUCGCGCAGCUUCUGAUCGUUUUCGUGACCGGAAAGUAUCUCGCCGCCAUCACACCAGUCUGCCUAGUAGUUUUCUACUUCCUACAGAAAUUCUACCUUCGGACGUCCCGCCAGUUGCGGUUCAUGGAACUCGAGGCCAAAUCUCCGCUUUAUUCCAAUUUCAUGGAAACGGUCAACGGCCUGGUGACCAUUCGCGCCUUUGGGUGGCAGGCUAACUUCUUCGAUAAUAUCUGUGGGCUGACGGAUGCGUCGCAACGGCCAUAUUAUUUGUUGUUCGUUAUCCAACGAUGGCUCACCCUUGUGUUGGAUAUGGUUGUGGCCGGUAUGGCGACGUUGAUUGUCGGUAUUGCUGUCGGGGUUCCGGGGUCCAUUGGGGCUGGGUCGGCUGGUCUGGGCUUGCUCAACAUCAUUAGCCUGAGCGAGAGCUUGAAGCAGCUGAUCUCCAAUUGGACAGUCCUGGAGACUUCGAUUGGGGCUGUGUCUCGUGUGAGACAAUUCCAGGAAGAUGUCCAGCCUGAAGACAGACAUGACGGAUACAUUGAAACCCCGCCGCGUUGGCCGGAGAGGGGAGAUAUCAGGUUCUUCAAUGUCUCUGCUUCCUACAGGCCCGAUAGCCCGCCCGUCCUGAACGACGUCACCUUAUCAAUUGCAGCCGGAGAGAAGGUCGCUAUUUGCGGCCCGAGUGGGAGUGGAAAGAGCUCGUUAGUCCAGCUCCUCUUCAGACUUCUUGAACCCGACAACGGUCAUAUCACUGUCGAUGGUCUUGACAUUAGCUCGAUUGCCUGUCAGGAUAUACGCUCCUCCCUUUCGUGUAUCUCACAAUCAGUCACAAUCCUCCCCGGCACCGUACGACAGAAUGUGGACCCUUUGGGAAAUGCCUCCGAUGAGGAUGUGAUGCAUGUGUUAAGAGAAGUCAAAUUGUGGGACAUUGUCACCGGACAACUUGGUGGUCUUGAUGGGAAGGUCCAGGAAGAGAGCUUCUCGCAGGGGCAGAAGCAACUCCUGCGUCUGGCUGCAGCUAUGCUGAGGAGGAGCAACGUCGUUGUUCUGGACGAAGCUACCAGCAGCGUCGACCCCGAGACCGACGCCCUCAUGCAGCGCCUGAUUCGUACCGCGUUUGCAGGCUGCACGAUAAUCGCCGUCGCCCAUCGCCUACAUACUGUGCUCGACUUCGACAAAAUUGUGGCUAUCCAGAGCGGUCGCAUCGUUGAGUACGGGCCCCCGGAUGAGUUGUUGAAGAAGAAGGGCCUAUUCAGCCAGCUUUACGGACGGAGCAACCCCACUAAAGAGGAUCCUGAAACAUCGUGGCUGAAGAUUUGAACUUGAUAUUUUUCCGGUCGUUACAUGAAUUUACAGUUGAUGGCGUUGGGUGUGGUGUGGUGGCUCUAAUGUAAUGUGGAUAGACUGCAUCUUACUUGAACAUAUAUUGCGAAACGGCGAUGCAUUAUCAGUCUUUUGUUUGCAUGAUGUCACGGUGUUGUUGUCUGUCUUUUCCGAGUUAUUUCCAUCGUGAUAGAUAUCGGUGUGUCUUUCCACUGACUUGGAUGAGUGUGUUCACUCCCGGAAUUAAUUCCACCAGAAUUCCAAAUACUUGUCCAUGUUCACUAAUCACCAACUCCGGCCACCUGUCUUCUUGAUGCUUAUAAAUUUUCUU